CCUCUCUCUCUCUCUCUCUUCUCUGGAUCGACGAAAAAAAGAAUCUCUUAUCUUCUCGCCUUCUCUCAUUCCUUUUAUCCAAAUUUCGUUGUCGGUUGACGGUCACUUCCAAUCCCUCCAGUUGCUUUACCCACAAGCUAUUUCUUCGGCAGCAACAAUCCCACCUUUUUUUUCUGUCUGAUUUUUCCGAUUCAAGAGCUUCCUGGAUUCGGAUCUUUAAGACUUUUAUAUAAUUCCCAGACCGAUCGCCCGACGAUUUCUCGUUCAGGAAUUUACCUGGUCGGAAUUGAGUUCCGGAAUCCUUGAUCUUGGGAAUCUCGUGGGAGAGGUCCAGAAACUGAGGUGAAACUUUCUGCUUCUGUCUGUGAUCGUAGGCCAAAGGAGGGAAUAUGGGGUCUCUGCAAGGACCAAUUGUUUGCCCCACUGUUCGAGCAAAGCAAGUUGGGUCUUACGCUCUGCCAAUGAUUGGUCCUUUCGCGAAGGCUAGGCUGUUUAGGAGUGAAUUCUGGGGAUUCAAAGGGAUCAGUUGUAGAAAGACUAAAUUGGGGAAUCUUUCUCACCAAUUACACGUGCAAAAGGGCAAGACGGUGCAUUGUUGUUACGGUUCAUCCUCCAAUGGGAAUGGAAGCACCUCGGAGAACUUCAAUGAAAACGACGAAGACUACAUAAACUCUAGCGUGAUUGAAGCUGUUGAGGUGAAGAGUGGAGCAGAUGGUUUCAUGAUCAAAAUGAGGGAUGGAAGGCAUCUAAGAUGUGUCCACAACAACCCUCAGGGUGGGCAUCUGCCAGAUUAUGCUCCACAUCCUGCAAUUGUGUUGAAAAUGGAAGAUGGGACCGGUCUUCUUCUUCCGAUAAUUGUUUUGGAGAUGCCUAGUGUGUUACUCAUGGCAGCCGUACGCAAUGUUCCAGUAGCUAGACCCACACUGUAUCAAGUGGUUAAGGAGAUGAUUGAUAAGAUGGGCUAUGAAGUCAGACUUGUUAGAGUUACUCGAAGAGUGCAUGAGGCAUAUUUUGCUCAGUUAUAUCUUACCAAGGUAGAUGAUGGAACAGAGUGUGUGAGUUUUGACCUUCGGCCUUCAGAUGCCAUCAACAUUGCAGUCAGAUGCAAGGUGCCAAUUCAGGUUAACAAGUACUUGGCAUAUAGUGACGGAAUGAAAGUCAUUGAAUCUGGCAAGCUGUUAAUGCAAACCCUAGCCUCAGAUGGUUUAUUAUUUACUGAAAUGGAUCGGGCAAGUGGUCAACCAUGCAUUGAAACAAAGGAGUUUGAUCUUGUGCGCAACAUGCUGAUUGCUGUUGUUGAAGAACGCUAUAGAGAUGCUGCUCAGUGGCGCGACAAACUCAGUCAAUUUCGGGCUAAAAGGAACUUAAACAACAGCUCUUGGACUGUAUAAUCUGCACAUAAAAGCAUUGUUCUCCAAAGUUGUUGAGGUCCUCAACACGAAAAUGAUACCUCUCAUCCCUUCUGUCUACAGGAAGCUUGUGAAUAUAUAUAUAUGUAAAUACAAACUUGAAAUGCAAAUGUAGUACUUGUUGAACAUGUGGGACUCGUUGACUCUGCUUAUUAUUUCUUCUGGUGGUUUCGAAGCUAAUGGAGCUGUUAUGAGGAUGCACAGUUUCUUGUCACCAGCGUAUUGCUGGGCUGUGCUUUGAUGUUGAGCAAAAGCAGCUUGUAUGGGAUGUUUAGCUGUACAUUGUUCAUUGAUUUGAUGAAUCAUUUCGUUUA